AUGGGCAAGUCACAGUCGAAGUUGUCCCCCUCCCAGCUGGAAGAACUCCAAAAGGCCACGCAUUUCGACAAGAAGGAACUUCAACAAUGGUAUAAAGGAUUUCUGAAGGACUGUCCGUCGGGGACACUCACCAAGGAGGAAUUCCAGAAAAUUUACCGGCAGUUUUUCCCUUUUGGCGACCCGUCGUCAUUCGCAAAUUAUGUGUUCCGCGUGUUCGACUCGGAUAACAGCGGCAUGAUCGAUUUCAAAGAGUUCAUCUGCGCCUUGUCGGUCACGUCGCGCGGCAAGAUGGAGGACAAGCUGGACUGGGCCUUCCAAUUGUAUGACAUCGAUGGUGAUGGCAAGAUUACGUAUGACGAAAUGUUGGCGAUCGUUGAGGCGAUCUACAAGAUGGUGGGCUCGAUGGUCAAAUUGCCCGAAGACGAGGACACGCCGGAGAAGCGGGUGCGCAAGAUCUUCCGCAUGAUGGACAAGGAUGAGAACGGCAGUCUCGACAUGGAGGAGUUCAAGGAGGGCAGCAAGCGGGACGAGACCAUUGUCAGCGCGCUGUCGUUGUACGAUGGGCUGGUGUAG